AUGUCUUACAGAUCGAACGUGGCUCCCAGCAGCAGCGGGCCACCAUUCCAACCAGUAUGGGAGGCUUUGAGGAGCAGCUCUGUCGAUCUGCAGCCGCAGCUGGAGUGGUCAGGGCAAAGGAUACCGCAAGAACUCCAAAGGGUCGUCGACGACGAGGCGGACGUGCCGGAGAAGCUCAGGCAGAUCCUGACCUGGUCUCUCAACCUCAAUGCCGCCCGACCACGUACUACACCCACUUUCAGCGCUGCUGGCCCGACAGGCAGCCAUAACACCACCCACAAUACGACGAGGGAUUCCAACGGCAUUGCUGCUGACAAUGCUCCCGAGUCUGUCUUUGAUCGCUCCAGUCAACCUUCCGAGAAACGUCGACCUAGACCACGGAAUGCCAGCAACAGUGUUUUCGCUUCCACCAUCGACCUUUUCGCCAGCCUUAUAGGCAAGACUACAAAAGACCAACCAGCAGCUGCAAACUCAUCGAAGCCUCUGGACAAGAAACACCCAAUGGUUGAGUGUACAAGCUGCUUCGAAGACACCGCCAAGGACGACACCAGCAAGCUUCCCUGCACACACUCGUACUGCAGGCCAUGCCUGGCAACCCUGAUCACGACUGCCCUCGAAAAUGAGGCUAGUUUCCCGCCGAAGUGCUGCUUGACAGCGAUACCACCAUCGACAAUCAUGUCUGUUCUUGACGCUAAGCAGAGAAACACGUAUAGAGAGAAGGCAGCCGAGUUCUCUAUACCCCACCAGGAAAGAUGGUAUUGCCCUAAUAGCAAGUGCCUGAAAUGGAUCCGUCCGUCAAAGGUACCGCGACUACCCGCCUGGAAUGAAAGGUGCCCCCAUUGCGGAACAAAGAUAUGCAGCAUCUGUCGUGGCUUGGCUCACAAAUCCUCCUCGGAAUGCCCUCAAGACUCUGGCCUCCAAGCCACCAUCACGCUCGCAGAAUUAGAAGGAUGGCGGCGAUGUGUGAGAUGUCGGACCAUGGUUGAGCGAACUCAAGGCUGCCGCCACAUGACAUGCAAAUGUGGUGCCCAGUUCUGCUACACGUGCGGCAAGAAGUGGCGUUCUUGUUCAUGCACCGAGACGGACGAAGCCAAUCGUCAAGCUGAACUACGACGACGUAGGGAAGGACGUGAAAGCGCAAGAGAUGCCGAAGCCGCCGAGUUGGCUCGUAUUAUCGCACAAGCGGAAGAGAUGGAGCGACGAAAUCCACGAGAGCGACGAAGAGAAGAGCAAAGACGCGAGGCAGAACGACGCAGAGUUGAGGCCGAACUUGCAAGGUUGGAAGCGGAACGUUUGCGAGAGCUCGAAGCACUGCGCGCCCAAGAGGCUCGGCUAGAGCAGCAGCUUCAACGAGUCCUACGGUUAUCGGUCGAGGAAAGCUGCCGACGUCUCGAACAAGCCUGGAAUGAGACUCGCGUUUCACAGAUGCACAGCUUGGACAGCCGCCACGCGACCAGUGAGCGGCAAUACCUCCAGGGCCGUGAUGAAGCUAUAAUUCAACAAACGCGAAAGCACGAAAGAACUUCCCAGCAGAUGAUUUCCAACAUCGAGAAACGAAUGUCGGACAUUAAAGAGAGGCAUACAAUGGAAAUGACACACUUUCACGCCGAACAGCAAAACUUCGAAGACGACAUGUUCCUCGAGAUACAAAUGCAUUUCCGUGGAAAACAAGACAGGGAAGCGCGGGAGUGUCGCCUCCAAGAGCGCUUCAGGGAACAGUGCUGGGAGAGGCACCAACGAUUGCACGCGAAGCACGAACUUGAGACGCACGCCCUUCGAGCCAAUGCACAAAUGGAAAUGCAGGCCUUGGAAUCGGCCUACAACAGCAACAUGGCCGAGAUCGACCUCAAUUUUCGCACGGCUAUGCAGGACCUCUCCAGGGAAGUUGCUGCCGACCGUGCUUGGUUUGAUUUCCUCAGCCAGAGACGGCAGAAUAUGGUUGCUGCGCAUGCCCGGCUCAUGCUUGAAGCUCUUGAGACCGGUCAAGACCCUGUUGGGCUGACCGAGGAGGAGGCAAGGACAAUCGCGCCCUUCAUCGGUGACGUCCAGCCAGGGAGAGGGGUCACGGUAUCGGAAUACCUCGAAGCUUUGGACGGUAUGAGACAGGGACGUUCGGCAGGGCAACCCUGGAUGGAGACACUCUCGCCAUCACCCGCAGGCAGUGCGUCGCCGACACAUUCCUUUGUCGACCUGGCCGCAACCUCACGGCAAUUGUUGAAGAAUCUGGAAGCAGAUGCGGCACCUGUGAACGUGGUUGGACCACCGCCAUCGGCGGCAGCAGCAGCAUUCAUGCCCGCAAACGAGCUGCUUCUGACAAACAGUGCCUUUGGGUGGAUGACUGGUGCUACGCCAAAUGACGCUCUGCAGGUGAACAACACAGCGAGCAGCAGCCGUGCUUCGGGACUGAGAAGGAGUCGAUGGGUCAGUCGUCACCGUCCACAUCCACAUCCACGAACUCCAGCAUCACAUUCGACGGCCACCGCCUCGUCAGGAUGCAUCAUGUCCAGUGCAUCGCAACCCUGCCAAUUCAGAUCCACUCCAUCCUCACCAGGUGACCAUGCCCCGACAGUGUUGCCUCUCGAUAUCAAUAAGACGCGAAACCCGACAGCGUUGUCAGAGGCGCCACGCAGGCCACAGGAUGAUCCGACACGGACGACCCCCACCGUCAGCGUCUCUGCUGAGGCGACACCCCCCACCCACUUGUCAGUCAAGCCAACCGCGGACGAAGGCCAACAAGACAGAGUCCUCGGAGGCCUCGUCCCCAUCCUGCCACGCGAAGAAGACAGACAUCUCAGAUGGACGAACGCGCUCACCCAUAGACGACAACAAUCCCCCUCGACGGGCUCAGCCUCCAGCUCCGACUCCCUCGUCACGACAUCGAGGCCGUGCUCGACCACAACAAGAAGGACAACCUCGAGCUUUUCGUCAUUUUCCCCCAGCUCGCCGCCAACAUCCCAUCGAUCCAGCGCCACCUCACGAAGCAGUGGCGAUAGUCUCUUCCUCCACAGCCUGAUCAGUGCAGCAACCGACGCAGCCACAGCUAGGACAGCAGCGACAGCAGCAGCAGCAAGAGGGGCAAUGGUAACGGGACCGCCGGUAUUUCCGAGCUCGCCGUCCGCUUUGGACCGGUCAAAAACGCGAGACGGGCGACGAGGAGAGAGUCUCUAG